AUGGAAGAAGUAAAGGAGGGGAAGGAGUACAGCUUCCCCAAGGAGGAGCUGAAAAUCCUUCAGUUCUGGGACGACAUCGACGCCUUUCAGGAGCAGCUCAGGCGCAGCGAGGGGAAGAAGCCCUUUGUUUUCUAUGACGGGCCACCAUUUGCCACUGGACUGCCUCAUUAUGGUCAUUUGUUGGCUGGGACACUGAAGGACAUCGUUACCCGCUAUGCAACAGCAACUGGACACUUUUGUCCCAGACGAUUUGGGUGGGACUGCCAUGGCUUGCCAGUCGAGCACGAGAUUGACAAGAAACUGGGAAUCAAAACUCGUGGCGAUGUGCUGAAGCUGGGAAUUGACAAGUACAAUGAGGAAUGCCGAAGCAUCGUCAUGCGGUACUCGAAGGAGUGGGAGAAGACUGUCAAGCGCAUUGGCAGAUGGAUUGAUUUCGAGAAUGACUACAAGACACUGGAUCCCACAUUCAUGGAGAGUGUGUGGUGGGUCUUUGGUCAGCUAUUCGAGAAGAAGCUGGUCUACCGCGGGUACAAGGUCAUGCCGUACUCGACAGGUCUUUCAACGGCCCUGGCAAACUUUGAAGCAAACCAGAAUUACAAGGACACAGUGGACCCAAGCGUCAUGGUGGCAUUCUCACUUGACAACGAUCCCGAUGAGGCCUGCAUGAUUGCUUGGACCACUACGCCCUGGACGUUGCCCAGCAACCUGGCGCUCUGUGUUAACCCUGCAUUCGAGUAUGUGCGGGUGCGCAACCCGGCCACCGGCAAGGUGUACAUCGUGGCGGACUCUCGGCUGUCAGCGGUGCCCGGCGCCGUGCCCAAGCCCAAGAAGGAGAAGGGGAAGAAGGGUGGCAAGGGAGGCGAUGCCAAAGAGGCUGAUGCAGCCGAGCCCAAGGGCUGGGAGGUGCUGAGCAAGAUGCUGGGCAGUGAGCUGGUGGGAACAAGGUACCAGCCGCUCUUCCCAUACUUUUCCAGCUUGAAAACGGACAGCAGCUUGACCAACGGCAAUGCCGCGGCUUCUGGAGCCUUCAGGGUGGUUGGGGAUGGCUAUGUGACCGCUGACAAUGGUACCGGCAUUGUGCACUGCGCGCCAGCUUUUGGAGAGGACGACAUGCGCGUCUGCCUGGCCAAUGGCAUUAUUGAGCUUGGAGGGGAUGUGCCAUGCCCUGUGGAUGGAGAUGGCAACUUCACAGCAGAGGUGGCAGAGUUCUCUGGAAGGUAUGUGAAGGACGCAGACAAGGCCAUCAUCGCGCACCUGAAGGCUGCCGGACGAAUGAUUGAUGUGUCCUCCUACACUCACAGCUACCCCUUCUGCUGGCGCUCCGACACCCCUCUGAUCUACAAGGCCGUUCCGAGUUGGUUUGUCAAGGUGACAGACUUCAGAGACAGGCUGCUGGCGGCCAAUUCAAGCACCUACUGGGUGCCAAGCCAUGUGAAGGACGGCCGCUUCCAGAACUGGCUCGAAAACGCACGCGACUGGUGUGUGAGCCGCUCACGCUUCUGGGGCACUCCUCUGCCCAUUUGGGCCAGCCAGGAUAUGGAGGAGCUUGUGGUGGUCAGCUCCAUUGCCCAGCUGGAGGAGCUCACAGGAGAGAAGGUGACGGACCUGCACAGGCAUUUCAUUGACCACCUGGAGAUCCCCAGCAAGAAAGGGAAGGGCAUGCUGCGGCGAGUGGACGAGGUCUUUGACUGCUGGUUCGAGUCUGGCAGCAUGCCCUACGCCCAGCUGCACUACCCCUUCGAGAACAGAGAAUUCUUCGAGGAGAACUUCCCAGCCGACUUUGUGGCUGAGGGCCAGGACCAGACCAGGGGCUGGUUCUACACGCUCAUGGUGCUCUCAACCGCACUCUUUGACAAGCCGGCAUUCAAAAACCUGGUUUGCAACGGGCUCGUCCUCGCCGACGAUGGCAAGAAGAUGAGCAAGCGGCUGAAAAAUUACCCUGACCCUUCUGACAUUCUGGAGCAGUACGGCGCAGACGCGCUGCGGCUGUAUUUGGUCAACUCGCCGGUCGUGCACGCGGAGACGCUUAAGUUCAAGAAGGAGGGCGUCUUCGGCGUGGUCAAGGAUGUGUUCCUGCCCUGGUACAACGCCUACCGCUUCCUUGUCCAGAACGUUCUGCGCCUGGAGGCCGAGUCUGGCGAGCGCUUCUACCCCACCCAGGUGGACCUGUCAGGCGCGACGAAUGUGCUGGACCGCUGGAUCGGCGCGGCAACACGUUCGCUGACGGCGUUCGUGCGCGAGGAGAUGGGCGCGUACCGGCUGUACACAGUUGUGCCCUUCCUGGUGCAGUUCAUUGAGUCACUGACCAAUGUGUACGUGCGCUACAACCGCACCCGCCUCAAGGGCCGCGGCGGCGCCAGCGACUGCCAGUUCGCCCUCGCCUCCCUCUUCGACGUCCUGCUUACCGUCUCCAAGGUGAUGGCGCCAUUCACGCCGUUCUUCUGCGAGGCGAUGUACCAGAACCUGCGGAGAGCGCUGCCCGAGGACGCGCCGCAGUCCGUACACUGGUGCGACUUCCCCGAAGCCGCGCAGGCGCAGCACAUCCAGGCGAGUGUGGGGCGCAUGCAGGCGGUGAUAGAGCUGGGGCGAAUCAUCCGGGAGCAGAACGGAAGGCCCACGAGGCAGCCGUUGCCCUCGCUGGUGGUAGUCCACCCCGACGCCUCCUUCCUGGCCGACCUGGACGGCGAGCUCAAGCAGUAUGUGCUUGAGGAGGUGAAUGUGCGGGAGCUGACGACGUGCAGUGAUCCAAACCAGUAUGCCACGCCAUCAGCCAGGGCAGACUUCAAGGUCCUUGGCAAGCGGCUGGGCGGCAGGAUGAAGGACAUUGCAGACGCAGUCACAAAGAUGGGACCAGAGCAGAUUGCCGAGUAUGAGGCCACAGGCAGCACCCAGGUCGAGUACAAGGCGAAGGGCAGCGGGGCUGUGGAGCGCGAGACCCUCCAAGCUGGCGAGCUGCAGGUGACAUGGGACGCCAAGCAGCUGGAGGGCACAUCGGAGGGGGACAUGGGAACCAAGGGAGCUGGCGGUGUGCUUGCAGUGCUGGACCUGCGUGCAGACGAGGGCCUGCAGGAGGCAGGCUUUGCUCGAGAGGUGGUUAACCGGGUGCAGAAGCUGCGGAAGAAGGCCGGCCUCGUGUCCACGGAUGCAGUGGAUGUGUUUGUGGGAGCUGCUGAUUCUGCCGCACCGUCCACCUUCACCUCACUGCUCAAUCGCGUGCUCGAAACCCAGAGCGAGUACAUCAGUGGAGUGCUGGGGCGGCCAGCACAGCCGUUGGCAGACAUGCCGGCUCAUGCAGUUGUCAUUGCACGGGAGCAGCAGACGAUUGGCGCAGAUGACUCUCUGUGUGAGUUUGAUGUUGUGCUAACGCCCCCCAUUCUUGCUUCUUAGGCCCAUCUGUGAGCCCUUGAAUUUUCGCAGUCGACUG